AUUAAUUUUGCUAGAAUACGAUAAGAUUAUUAGAGACCAGGAAAACAUGGGUAUAAUAGAGAGAGUAUCAGCAUUAGAAAAUGUUGGCAGUUGACAUUAUUUAGCACAUCAGGCAGUCAUAAGGGACAAUGCAGAGACCACAAAAGUGCGCAUUGUUUUUGAUGCAUCUUGUAAGGCUAGCAAAUCAAGUACUUGUCUUAAUGAUUGUCUUCAUGUAGGCCCACCUAUGACACCUCUUAUUUUUGAACUGCUUUUGAGAUUUAGAGAGUAUGAUGUAGCACUCAUAGGAGAUAUUGAAAAAGCUUUUUUGAAUAUCGCAAUUAAUCCAUCUGAUAGAGAUUAUUUACGUUUUCUCUGGGUUGAUAAUGUUUCCGAAGAACAGCUCAGAAUCGUAAUCUAUCGUUCAACAGAGUCGUUUUCGGUGUGAAUUCUUCACCAUUCAUUUUAAAUGCAGUUUUACGCCACCAUAUUGAAACAUUUAAGGAAGCGGAUCCUGGAUUUGUAAGCAAAUUAGUAGAAGGAUUCUAUGUAGAUGACCUUGUUACUGGGUGAAGGACCCCACAUCAGGCUAUUGAACUCUAUGAGAAAGCAAAGGUUAGAAUGCAGGAAGGGGGAUUUAGGUCAAGGAAGUGGAAAUCUAAUGAUCCAGUGGUUCUUAAUAAAAUAAACGAAGUAGAAGGCAAAAUUGAAGCUAAGGAAGGAGAUUUGAUUGAAAGUUCAUUUGCAAAAGAAACAUUAGGCCUUUCCAACAACAAUGGAGAAAAAAACUAAAGUAUUGGGAAUAGUAUGGGACACAAAAAAGGACACCUUUGAGUUUGAAUUAAGCAAAAUGCUGAAGGAAGGGGGGAAUACACCCACCAAGAGGGGAAUACUAAGCACGCUAGCAUCAUUGAUUGACCCUCUAGGAAUUUUAAGCCCAAUUGCAGUCAUGGCAAAGGUAAUAUUUCAGAAUUUAUGCAAGGAAGAUGUUGGAUGGGAUGACCCCAUAAGCCCAGAUAAGGUACCUGUAUGGGAAAGUUGGCUUCAAGAUCUUAAAGAUAUAGGAACUGUCAGCAUACCUAGGUGUAUCUAUGAUAAAGGUGAUGGAGAGAUAUUGUGGUGCCAAUUGCAUGGGUUUGGAGAUGCAAGCUUGAAAGCUUAUUGUGCUACAGUUUACCUUGUUUAUAAAACUACUAAGGGUAUUUUUGCUAAGCUAUUAUGUUCUAAGACAAGGGUAGCUCCAUUAAAAUCCAUGACAAUACCAAGGUUAGAAUUGAUGUCUGCAAGAAUUCUAGCAGUACUUAUGAACACCGUAAAAAAUGCAAUUCAGGCGCAGGUUAAGAUAGACAAGAUAAGAUUUUGGCUAGAUAGCAAAACUGCAUUAUUUUGGAUCCAAAAUAAAAAUGAAUGGAAACAGUUUGUACAACACAGGGUUAAUGAAAUACUCACUUUGACUAAGAAAGAAGAAUGGGGGCAUGUGAGUGGAGUGGACAAUCCAGCAGAUUUAGGAUCCAGAGGAGUGACAAUAAGGCAACUAAUUAAAAGUGAUUUAUGGUGGGAAGGACCUAAGUGGUUAGAACAGGGCGAAACAGCAUGGCCUAAAGGGAUUUUAUUGUCAGACUCUGAAGAAAUUAAGGAAGAACAGAAAAAAUCCAAUGUUCUUUCCAUUAUAGCAGAAAAACAGCCAAGGCUAUCUAAUGUUGUUGAUAUCGGAAGGUUCAGUACUCUUAAGAAACUACUCAAGAUCACGGCAUGGGUAAAACGGUUCGUUGAAAACUUGAAACGUAAACGAGGGGAGAGUGACUUGGUAUUGGAUACCUUAGCCCAGAUGAACUUAGAAAUGCAGAACUUGCAUUAGUUAAAGAUUCUCAAAUGGACUUAAAACAAAGUACAAACUUCGGAAAAAUCCAAAAGAACUUAGACAUUAGAGAACAGGACGACCUGCUAAUUUGCCACGGUAGAUUAGAAAACUCUGAUUUGGAUCUGGGGGCAAAGUUCCCAAUUAUAUUACCCCGAGACCAUAAGCUAACGGAACUCAUUGUAUGGGAUUGUCAUCAUAGGGUGAAACAUUGUAAAGUAAGAGCAACACUGGCAGAGGUAAGAUGUAGAUUCUGGAUUACCAGAGGUCGCCAGUAUAUUAAGAAAAUUUUGCGUGGCUGUUUUACAUGUACAAAGCUCGAGGGCAAGGCCUAUGAUUCCCCAAGUAUGGCACCCCUCCCAGCUUUUCGAGUAUCUGAAGCGCCACCAUUUAGUAGUGUUGGUAUAGAUUUUGCAGGACUGCUUUAUUAUAAGACAAAUAAGAGUAUGAGUAAGUGUUAUAUUGCAUUAUUCUCCUGCAGUAUAACUAGGGCAGUUCAUCUAGAACUUGUUCAUGAUUUAAGUACGGCUACGUUUAUAUGUUGUUUACGUAGGUUUUGUGCUCGACGCGGCACACCAUCAAGGAUUGUUUCGGAUAACGCGAAAACCUUCAAGGCAACAGCCAAAUUUCUUAAAACACUUAAAAUGGACAACGAAAUGAGAAAUUUCUUAGAAAAUAAACGGAUUGGUUGGGUAUUCAACUUAGAGAGGUCACCAUGGUGGGGAGGCCAUUUUGAGCGAAUGGUAGGACUGGUGAAAAGGUGUUUAAGAAAGGUAAUAGGCAAUGCCAAAUUGUCAUUUGAUGAAUUAAAUACAGUCCUCUCAGAAAUCGAAAACACCUUGAAUUGUAGACCAUUGAUCUACGACUAUGAUGAGUAGAAGUGGGUUGAAGUUUUAACCCCAUCUCACUUGAUUUUUGGAUGUCGCGUAUCUUCAUUGUCUGAAGGUAUAAAGUAUCAAGUAGAUAACAAUGAUAUGGAUGAAGAUUCACCUUUGAGUAAACGAUUUCGCUAUUUAACACGCAAGUUAAGUCAUUUUUGGAAUAGGUGGCACGAGGAAUAUUUAGUUGGACUUCUAGAAGCACAUAAAUCAGACAGAAAAGGUUCACCAAAGAUUGGUAAAGAAGACAUUGUCUUAGUACAUGACGACAAUUUAAAACGUGGCAUGUGGAAGACAGCAAUUGUGGAGGAACUCAUUAUCGGCAAAGACGGCGUGACAAGGGGUGCAAGGGUAAGAAAGCCAGGGAAAGGUAAACUUGAAUUUAUUUGUAGACCAGUACAAAAACUUUAUCCUUUAGAGAUUUUAAGAGACAAAACUGUGGAGGAAAGAAUGGACGGUGAGGAAAGUGAAAGGUAUGAAGAGGUGCAGGAACAAGCGCAGCGUCCGCGGAGAGCCGCAGAUAGGGAUGCGCAAUGGAAGACGUGCAUCAUGCUUGACUCUUACUGAGUCAAAGAGGGGGGAAUGUUGGGAAUCCGCCAUUUUGCAUAUAGCACGUGUAUUUUUACAAUUAGUUCAUUGAUUUUGUCGGGUUCUUUGUUAGUCAUGCAAGUAUUUUCUUCUUGUUGUUUUAGAGUAGCAUUUGCGUCAAAACCUCGCUUUUAGCUGAAUCCGUCCGAGGUUAUAGGAAAUAGUUAUACCACGCCCGCUGAUUGAGUUAUAAUGCUUAUCCUAAAUAAACACCUGACUAACAUAUAUGCAAGUUGAUUGGUAGUUAUAAUUAAAAGUUCAUGACUCAAAACUAAUUAGCAACAUAAGUAAACGUAUAUAUUCCACAAAUUUAUUACAAAAAGUAGAGUGUUCGACGUAGGAGUCGUCAUAGUGUUGUAAUCGUUUGAGAUUUGGAAAAAGACGGAGAUGUAAAGCAAAUAGUUGUAUUUUCUUGGAUUCAUAUUUCUGCUCUUGGGUUCUCUAUUCUGAUACCAGCGAGAUUGGAGGUUUUCCUCAACAUGCAUAACACAAGAUGUAAAUUAGAAGCAAAAAUGCAGCUGUCCUUACAAUUAUCAGUAAGAUUUGAUGUUGCUAAAUAAUACCAAAACUCUUUCAAUUGCAUCCAUUAAAAUUAUUCUACUUUAAAAUUUCAGUUCAAAUUUUACUUUUUAUGCUGAAUGUGCAAAUCAAGUUAGUAUCUUAAUUAAGAACAGGUUGUUGUAAUCUCCUAUAUGAACGUUUUGAUUCUCAGGCUGUACCUUUCACUGACUAUCUGGAAGAGAAUUCGGCAUUAACGGAUGCAAGUGAGAUGUGAGCAGGGUAAGCAUUAUUCCAGGGCUGCAGCCCUUUGAUAAUCAAUCGUUUAUUUGCCAGCAUCCUCCUCCUACCAAUCCCCUGAAUAAAUAAAUUAGUUCCGUCAACACAUGUUUUAUAUCUUAUGUUUUUGAAUUUUUAAACUUAUCAUAGAAUUUGGCAUUUCAGAAAAAGAUAUCUUUGGCUACUGUGUCUACGACAGCGAUAGAUGACGACUUUGAGGCUUACGUAGCCGGAUUGGCGGAACUUGAAAGUUCAUUCUCGGAGUCAGAAGCCGAAGGAGAUUUGUGUGAAGAAUCGGCUGCACAAGGUUUUGAGCACCUACAGUCCCUAUCAUUUGACUAUGAAAGUGACUCAGAACUCUCAAAUGACCAAAAAGACAAAAUGAUCCUAAAAGAUUAUGACUUUGUGGCUUACACCUGCCUUACAAACACAUUUUACCUUGGCUGUUUCGUUCUUGGUGGGUCUGAAGUAGCCAAGGAACAAGUAGCCGUUAUAUAUGCCACUGCAAGGCCCGACAAUAUGUUUGAUUUCAACAAAAAGAAAACUGACAUUAUCAAAAGACAACAAAUUUUGUAGUGGGACUCUGCACUAAAAACAGAGUUUGUCAAAUGUAGAGUGUGGAGGGUGGACAAAGCAUCACUUGAAAAGGAACAUCAAAUUGCGGGAAGAUCCUUCAUCAAAAGGAUGAUUUUUCUCUAGAUUGAGUUGUCGUUUACGAUCAUCAAACCCAAGGGUCAGUCAAAUUUACAAUAAAAAUGUACGGAAAGGGUCAUUCCAGCAAAGUUCGGCCCUACAAUAUAGGUUUCUUCGAGUUUCUAUCUACCAAAUGACAAAAAUUAUCUGAUUAAAUUCUUUAGCAAAUUAUCUUUAUCUUUAAAUGGUUUUACACAGUUCGAGAAUGAAGAAAAGAUUAGAGUUUUCAACCUAGUACCUAACAGAAUAAGAUUAAAUUUCUCAAAAUUUAUUUUAUCACAAUGUCUAUCGCAGGUGAAAAAAUUAUGCAAAAAAUUGCCAGUUGCAAACGCCAUCAAAUGAUUUGACAGCAGCAAUCGAGUUGAUCCAAACCCUUUAAGAUGAAGAUGUUGAAUGUCCAAAAAGAGGCAAAAUCCGGGAGUUUUGGGAUUCUGCUGAAGAAGUUGCAGACAAAUUAGAUUUGCCAGACACCAAAGAAAAAAGAAGCCACCUGCUCCACUUAAAGAUUUUGUAGGUUUCCUUCAAAACAACUACCAGAUAGCAGACAAAACUUUGACUGAACUUAGCAGAAGAUUUGACGAGAACAACAUUGCCAUCAUGCAAGGCAUAACAGCGUUAGCUCCUGGGUCAAGCAGCUACUCUACAAAGAUGAUAAACUUUGGCCUACUGUUUCAGUUGAAUACAAGUGUACUCCAAAGCGAGAUUGGCACUUCAAAGCACAUGAUUGGGAAAACAGACAGAAAAGAUAGUCCGAGCACACUUACACAAAGAAACUAAAAGCAGCUUUUUUUGAAUUGUAUCGGUUGGUAUCCAUUGCUUGCACUUUGCCAGUUUCUUCAGGAGAAUGUGAAAGAAGUUUCAGCUCAAUGCGACUCAUCAAAAAUGACCUUUGCUCUCUUAUAAAAGAUGAACAUUUGGACAGCUUGAUGAUGCUUAGAAAUCAUCACGCACGUGAAAAUACACUGAAUAUUGAUUCAGUUGUCAGUAUGUUUAAGGCAAAGUCCCCGAAUUGUAGGAUUGCCCUCUGAUGCAUUGUUCCAGCAUAAAACUUAAGCUUGUCAACAUGUGUAUAACCAUAAUCAUGGACAAUUUCAGUUUAAAAAUAAUUUAGAUACUUGUGAAUGAAACAGUACGUCAACGGAUGGAUUAGCUAGCAGCCUAGUAACCUAUGCGAAAUCCAUCAAUGCCUUUUUUCACAUGAUUUUAGAACGUAGAGAAUAAAGAAAAAUCACCGAAAAAGAUCUACAAAGAACUUUCUUAAUUUAUGCCUUUUGUCUUAUAAGGGACAUUUUGUUAUAAAAGCGAGUCUUCACAAAAUAUUAAUUCAGCUCAAAUACAAAUGUCUGGAUACAUGUAGAUUUAAUUGAUAAAAUAAUGGUUGUUGUGUCCGGUAUUCUAAAUUUAAACCAAAGUGGGAGAUUUCAUGUCAGUUGGAAAGUAACUGGAAGGGUGUCAUCGGAAGAAGCAAGUCCGCAUUCCGAUUCAUCAAAUGAUGGUGUCGUGCCUCCACGUAACGAGGAAAACCAGGAAGAUGAUGAAAGUGUUUUGGCUACAUCUACCAUAGCAAGACUAACAACCAAGGUGUCUCAGCUGGAGGAAGAACUAAGGGAAAGGAAUGCAGAGGUAUACAAAUUGAGAGAAGAAAAUGAAAAGCUUA